AUGGCCAAAAUGCCUGAGUGCUAUUUCUUUUCGAAAUACGGACAAUGUUUGAAUAAAGAAUGUGCAUUUCUUCAUUUGGAUCCAGAAUCGAAGAUACGUGAUUGUCCUUGGUAUGAUCGAGGAUUCUGUCGUCAUGGGCCGAAUUGUAAAAAUCGCCACACUCGGAAAGUUCUCUGUCAGAAUUAUCUUUGUGGAUUUUGUCCUGAGGGACCAAAGUGUACUUUAUCACAUCCGAGUUUUGAACUACCGAAUGCAAACGAGUUUACUCCGGUACAACGUAAAGUGGUCUUCGUUUGCGAUUAUUGUCACGAAACAGGACAUAAAGCAUCAUCAUGUUUUAAACUACCAUACGAAGAACGACAAAAAUACCUUAACAUGCCAUCAAAUAAUUCUCACCCUCAACAACAAUAUAAUCGACCGCCGUAUGGUCAAAAUCAGAAUUACAAUCAUCAACAAGAUGGAGGAGCAUCUCACCAGUCUGCAAACCAUCAUGCGACUGAUGAGCAACAUCCACCAACGAUGGGUAUGUCACAACCGUUCCAGCACGAUGUCACUUGCUUCAAAUGCGGUGAAAGAGGUCAUUAUGCCAACAAAUGUACCAGAUCACAUGUACCCUUCCUGCGCAUGAAAUACUUCGUUUUCUAUGAUUUGACUACUUGUCAAUGUCUUUGUGGGUCCGAUCAAAAUAAGAAAAAAACGAAUUUCACAUCGUAUGUUAAGUAA